AUGCCGCGGGAAAACUCCUUCAGCGACUCGGAUGGGCGCUCUUUGACGCCCGACCUGGACGACGAGGAGCAUGGACCCUCGUCACCCACCUAUGGGACUUCACCGAUUGCGGCGUCUCCCACCAAACACACGGCUUUGCCCCGACCCCGACCUUCCUUCAAUUCUAGUCGGCCCGCUCAUAGCGAACCUAUCCGUCGAUUCAGGCAUGUCGUCCGCAAAGUCAUUGCCAUGCAUCGCAGUACAACGGUCAUUACUACCCGUGGCAUUGGAGCAGAACCCGGUGUCGACGUGAGGCGAGCCUCAGCAGACGCAAUGUACGGUGGCAUAAAGCAGGACUGCAUCAUCGAAGUGGCCGACUACUCCUCAACUCAGAGCAGUUUUGGGAGGAUGACGAAUAGGGAGUUCGUCAACUUUAUGAAUGACGACGCUGCCAGCGCUCAAGAGCCUUGGGUGAAAGUACGAUGGAUAAACAUUGCGGGCAUGAGCUGGGACGUUAUCAAGGCUGUUUCUCUCAAGUACAAUUUACACCCAUUGGCUUUGGAGGAUGUCUUCAACACCAGAAGUCAGACCCGCUCCAAGGUGGACUAUUAUACCCAACAUCUAUUCCUCCGCAUUCUCUGCCACGAACUCUCUACUGAUGAUGAGGCCUUCGCGUCCGCAGCAGCUCAAGGCUCGACUUUGACUGAUGCGCCUCGGUCAGAAUCACCCGUUCCUUUUACCGACGCAGAUAAUGACGUGGAAAUGCGUGAAAUGGGGGAUGGUGACUUCGGUGAGGACGAGAAGACUUUGCAUGGUAACUCUACCCGCCGGAAAAAGGCGCCCAUUCUCCCCACGUCUCGUUCAGACGUUUCCACUCCUCGCAAAUCCAGACGGACAACAACAAUGCAUAGUCUCGAUCCGGCCACGAAGCGACGGAUAGAUGAGGUUGCUCUGAGAGCCCUCAAGAGUGGCGACCGAGUUAAUGUUAAGGUCUCGCCAAUGUUCAUAUUCCUGUUCAGAAGCGGUGUUGUUAUUUCCAUGCACUCGGCCCCCUCGCUGGACCUUACUCAACCUAUCACCAGGCGGCUUCGCCAACGCGACACGGGGCUGCGGACAUCGGCCGACCCAUCCUUACUUGUCCAGAGUCUCCUCGAUUUAUUGGUCGACAAGGCCCUGGAAGUCAUUGACACUUACCAUGUCAAAAUCCGGAAAUUCGAACGAGAGAUUCUCCUCAAGCCCAAGAUCGAGACUGUCCGAAACUUGCACAUUCUUUCAGGAGAUCUUAUCCUCCACAAACGCACUCUGGAACCGAUCCGUACUGUCAUCUAUGGGUUGCGUCGGUAUGACGUAGACCGUGCAGCAGCCCUCGUUGACUCGUCUGUGGCUGCCAACCAAGACUUCAAGCCAGCGGGGUUCAUGAGCCACAAGAGCAAGAUAUACCUCGCCGAUGUUUUCGACCACAUGGAGUACAUAUUGAGCUCUCUCGAAAUGUUUGCAGGCAUUGGUGAAAACCUUAUCAACUAUACCUUCAAUAUGGCCAGCUACGAGAUGAACGAGGUUAUGAGACGGCUCACCCUUGCCACUAUCAUCUUCUUGCCUCUCACGUUGCUCACUGGCUAUUUCGGAAUGAAUUUCGAGGGCAUGUGGUCUGUCCAUGGCCAUUCUGAUCUACUGCAAGUCUUUGAUAUCAUUCAUGAGCGACAUACUCAUUUCUAUUCCAGCUUCUGGGAGAUCGCACUACCUGUCAUGGCGGUCGUGCUCCCAAUUUUCAUAACCCCAGACAUCAAGCGCAUUAUCCACUACGUGCAGAAGCACAUUUUAAUGAAGAGGAUCGUUAAAAAGACACUAAAAACGGCAUGA